AUUCCACCAUCCCACCUAGCGUGGCUGACGCCCAUCGCAGCCGACGCACCGAUCGAGGACAUCCGCGUAGCCUAUGAGCGCGACGGCGUUGUGCACAUCCGCGGCCUCCUCGAUCCGGAAGAAGUGAUGUCCACGCGCGAGAAAUUUUCCGAGUUCGUCGCCCCCUCCGGCGUUCUCAAACCCGGCACGUCGCCCCGCGACGCGAUCUACAAUACGGCGAUGGACCCGGCAAAGUUCCCCGGCCCGAGCGCGACACAGUUUGACCGCUCGCAGAACGACAACGCCUUGCUGGACUACAGCACGCGCGCGGGCCGCGAAGACUUCAUCGUCUCCUUCUCGGACCAGGAUCGGCUGCUGGCCUUCGUCGGCCGCCUCAUGCCGGAAUGGAAGGAGCCGAUGCGCUUCCGCCGGCAGUUGUUGCGCACGAACAUCCCGCGCUCAUACAACACGGCCACACGCGUCCACUACGACCAGAUGUAUCUGCGCAAAAUGGAGCCGGGCGCAGUCACGGCGUGGAUACCGAUCGGACACGUGUCCCCCGUCUCAGGCGGGCUGCUAUACCUCGAGGGGUCGCGAGAGAUGGGGCGCGAGAUUGAGCGCACGUUCCUCGCGCUGAACGAGGAGCUGCCGGCCGACGCUCAGAUCAGCGCGUUCAACCAGAACAUGCUGUAUGGCGGGGGGCUCACGAAAGACUGUGCCGCGUUCGCGCGCACGACGAAUCGCCGCUGGCUUGUCGGCGAUUAUCGGGCUGGCGACGUCGUGUUCCACCACAGCUGCAUGAUUCACUGUAGCGCCAAUAAUGAGGACCCGGAGGACCGGAUCCGCCUCGCGACGGAUGUGCGCUUCGCGGACAGGCAGGCGCCGUUUGACGACCGGUGGAACGAGUUCUACUACGCAGGUGAUGGGAAGUAG